AUGAAGGGCUUCAGAGCUAUCUUAGCGCUCACACUGCUCGCUACCGUGUAUGCAAAUCCCAGUCCGUUCUUCCACCACCUGUUCCACAGCCAUCAGCUCCACACCUAUCAUCCGGUUGCAGUGCGAGAGUACGUUCGGGUACCGGAAGUGCAUGUACAGAAGGUCGUCCAUACGGUACCGGUGUAUGUGCCUGUCGUGAAGCCAGUUGUACAUCAGGUUCCGGUUGUGGUUCAUCCCGCCCCGGUUCCGGUUGAGCGACCAGUGGAAGUGGAGGUUGGAGGAGGAGUGAAUGUGGCCGCCAAUCCGGGCGCAGUGCAUGUCACUAAAACUAAGCCGGUCAAAGUGUCGGUGUGA